GACUUAUUUCAAUGAUACCACGAGGUACGAAUAAUGCGUCGUAGUAUUUCACGUGUCGUCACAAUCGCAUAAUAUCUAGUGUUGAGCCAUGUUAUUGGAGUGGAGAGACUUAGCCAGAGAGUAAUGGGUGCUGGCACAUAGCGACCUUACACAACAAGGUAUUCUGACGUACAGAAGGAUGGUAAAGAAGAAAGACCUUUUGAAGAUAUUCUUCAUAUACAUAUGUCUGUGUCAUCCGUCCCCUGCUCACCCCUGUGGUGAUAACCCCCUUAGGAAUCUAAUGUUUAUAUCUGAACGAACAGGUCGUAGCAUUGAUUCUGUGCUGACACUUUUGAGAGAAUUCGACAUCGCUGCCUACAAACAUUUCCAGUUCUUAUUUAAUAACUACGCUGCUUGUGUAGGAAUGGUGGACACGGGUUACUUCAAACGCUCCGGUUACAUUAGUCAUCCCUCUGAGCAGACCAAUUCUCACGACAAUCCCCAAGCACAGCUUUCUGACAUGCAUCUUCAUGAUAUCGUCAACCUCAUCAACUCGAUCAAUAGUGAAAAUACUAAAAGCAAGGACAAGAAAUCAUCCCGAUCCAUUUUCCUUCGACAAGUUUUAAACCAAGCAAGACAUUCACUUCAUAAUGGUCAAGAAUUCAACCAACCGGAAAUAUUUGGGAAUGGCGCCGCAGAAUAAUAUGGUCGUAUAUUACAUGUCUGAAAGGGGAACUUCCGGUGUAUCUAAGAUGAAUCAUUGAAAUAAUGAGGAUACAUAACAUAUAUUUAUAUUCUUACAUUAAACGCUUGGUGCUACAACAAUAUUUGUGAAUAUCGAUGGCAUCAGAUCUGAAAGUGAUGUGCAGAAACUGGAAUGACAACUGCACUGACGAAAGAGUGUAGCAAUCAACUUGUGAUUGAUGGGUGAGAUAGACCAAAUGUUACCGUGACAUAUGUGCAUACGUAUUCAUCAAGUGGUGUACAAUUCCACUCAUUUUCUUAAAAUAAAAUAAUUGAAAAUA